GCCUCGAAAAAUCAUUAGACAUCAACAAUGUCUUUCAGAGACCGGACAACAGAUUGAUUCGUUUGACCCUGGAUCUAUGUGUUGCUCCGUCAUGCCCGUCGCUAUAGAUGCUCUGUUCUGUGCCGCUAUACCCUCCUGAAACAGAUUCUCGGAAAUAAAAAAGGGUUGUCUCGCGACAGCACCUGGUUCACGAUGGCUGGUGCCGAGCUUUCUCAAAGUCUGUUAGAUAUCAUCUCUUCUCUCACACAAGAUGAUAUCCCAUUCAAACUACGUUGCGCCAUUUGCAACAACCUGGCAAUCAAUGCAUUUCGCCUGCCAUGCUGUGACCAGGCCAUAUGUGAAAGUUGCCAGGCGUCACUACCCGAAAGCUGCCCAGUCUGCGAGCAUAACCCUGUCUCUCCCGAUCUGUGCAAGCCGAACAAAGCGCUUCGUACCACACUGAAGGCCUUCCUGCGAACAGAAGAGAAGAAGCGAGAGAAAGAUCGGCCACCUACUACACCAACUGUGACAGCAGCUCCGGCUGCGGUAUCCAAUGUUCCUGUCGAGGCCAAAGAGGAAACGGCCGUCUCUGCGCCGACGAACUCGGAUAAUGCUGUGUCGGAGGAAGCCAUACCAGCUGAACCUGCUUCCGCCGGAGAUAUUGAGAAAACAGUUGAUGAGAACGACGCCGUGACUAGAGCUCCACCCCUCCAGGAGAAUGGAAGCUUGGUUCCUGCGGACAAAAAUGAAAUCGAUCCUACCUCAGCGGAUAGCGUGUCAGUCGAUGCUAAAGCUAUCGACAGUACCGAUGCCCAGCCUUCGCAGUCGGAAGGCGAAACGAACCCCGUGUACCCAAACAUGGGAGUCGGCAUGGCACAGGGUAUGAUGCCUGGUAUGGGGUGGGCUGGUCAGGAUAUGGGUGCGAUGGCAAAAUUCAUGCCUGCUGCUAUGGGUAAUUUUCAAAACACCAUGGGAAUGCCUGGAAUGGGUCCGAUGAAUGCGGCUCAAGGAAUGUUCGGAGGUUUUGGUAUGACCAUGAAUAAUAUGAGCAAUGGCAUGAAUAUGGGAUAUGGUACAGAGCAGCAAAUGUAUAACAAUUGGGACAACUCUCAAAACAAUAUGUACAAUCCAAAUCCGUACUCGAAUGGUAUGGGCCAAGAUUAUGGUGCCUCUGGAUAUGCUGGAUACAUCAACGGGAACUAUUCUCAAAUGCAGCAAUACCCUAACCAAAAUUUCCAAAAUGGCUAUUAUGGAAAUGGCCCUGGAUAUAUGAGAGGCGUGGGACGAGGCCGUGGUCGCGGUUAUUAUCGUGGCCGUGGUGGGUAUGAUCAUGCUAACUACUACCAACAGAACUACCGAAAUAAUGUAUCUCAGGGCCCCAUGAACCAGGAAGCAGGGGGACAAACUGAAGAUGAUAUUAAAAGGUUCAACAACGAGCUAGCUCCGGGUGGCGGUGGUGAUGAUUAUUUAACAGACGGCCCGCCCAAAGAUAGUACUACCAUAACUGGACCAGAAAAUGGGAAGGACUCAAACGUCGUUGACAGUACAGACCGGACUGAUAUGUUGCCCGAUUCUAAUAUCAAUGGUGAACCUGCUGGCCAUGAUGGAGAUUCUACGAGCCAAUUACAAGGUAUUCCUACUAUUGACAGUAUUGAUAACGAUUCAUCUAUGGAUUACUCAAGAGGGCCAAUGCCGGUCAUGGAUCACGGAUAUGGUCGUGGUAGAGGUUUUGGUCGGGGAGGAUUCAUGACGCACCGCGGUGGUUUCUACAAUAUCAACAUUCAAGGUCCACCUACUGGACAGGGUGUCGCUGGGGCUCCGGUCGCUCCCCGCGCUAUGCGUGAGGGCGGCAAUAGGAGCCGAUUCUCUGGGUCGAGGCGAACUGCUUCAAUUUCGCAGACGGCCGAGAACAGCUCACGCGGCGCAACCCCGUCAAUAGCACAAGAGAACAUGGUUCCGCACUCACCUUCUGUUGUCGAACACAAAACAUGUUCACCAUCACCGUCCAGAGAAAGGUCUCCCAGGCGAUCGCACCCUCAAUCACCACCUACUCCAGAAUCUCGACAAUCCCGGGCUCAUCGCAGAGAUCGAUCUGAAUCUGCGCAUGAUAGUAUUGACGACGACAAAGAAGCUCGAAAAGAUCGCCAUGGACGAUCCCACCGAGAUGAGAGAGACUUUGACUCGCGCUCGCAGUCGCGGUCACGCUCACCAUCGCAGACAGCUCGACGCUCAUCCCAUCGUUCCGGAAAGGAUGGGGUUCAUAAGUCUAGCCAUCGGUCAUCCAGACUUCGCCGUCGUGGCAGCCGCAGUGAAAGUCGGCAUCGUGAUCGUAAUCGCGGAUCUGCCACCAUGGCCACAAAUGGUGACGACAAAUACGAUCUUGCGAGACGGAUAACGAAUGCCCAGCGACUUGGUAAAGGCUCUUCGUCAAGUCGCCAUGAAAAGGAAUCGCGCAAGCGUGAUCGUCAUGAAAGCGACCGUGGUACUGAUCGGGAGAGAGACCGCCGUCGAGAGCGGGACAAACCGCGUGACAGGGAUCAUGAACGAGACCGUGGGAAAGAUCGCAAACGUUCCCGUCGCGAGCGUUCCCAGUCAGGCGAUGAGAGCGACUCUUCACAUCGUCAUUCCCGUCCCUCCAAGCGUAGCCAUCGUGAUGGUGGUUAUGAUGUCGUUGAAAAAGAAAGCAGCAGACCUUCAGAAAGAGAAAGCGAUCGCACAGACUCGAGCAAAGAUCCACAUACAUUAGAGCGCGAAGCUCGCAAUCGGGAGCGGUUGGUGAAGGAGAAACAACGUCGGGAUGCAAUGACUACAGAGCAUCGUGACAGCAGGAACCCCCGCCGUCAGCAUGAAAGUGGACGAAGACUCAAUUACAAAUACGAAGGUGACGAUGAUGACAUGUCUCGCGUCGAGAAAGAGCGUGAGGCUGGUCGGUGGAGAUAGUUUCUAUCUUUGUCUCGAGGACUAUCUUCAGAUGUAUAGACUGAAAACAAUCAAUAUAUCUUCUCCUGCAAUCUUGCAUCUCUAGUAGCUAGUCCUAUUCAAAGUUGAAAGCGGUACUUGAAUGGGGAAUAGCAUCGAAGACCUCAGAAGCAGACGAGAAGUCUGCCCUCCAUGUCUGACCAUCUUAGCAUUGGGAAUCAGGAAGAAUUAAAUAUAGAUGAAUA